AACAUUAAUCAUAUAUGCAGAGCAAAUCUAGCUAGUAAAACCAUGGAACCUUUUUCAUCCUUACACACUCUUCUCCUCUCUUUGUUUCCAUCCAUAGGCACCAUUUUUGUGAUUUUUAUUUGUGUUAAGUGGAUUUUAUUUUAUUCCAAGAAUAGGAAAAACACUCCACCAUCUCCACCAAAACUUCCUAUAAUUGGAAACUUCCACCAACUAGGCUUAAGCCCUAAUCGCAACCUUCAAAUAUUGUCCCAAAAAUACGGUCCCGUAAUGCUCUUUCACCUUGGCAGCGUCCCCACACUUAUAGUAUCCUCUGCGGAAGCAGCACAAGAGAUCAUGAAAACCCAUGAUCUCUCCUUCUGUACUCGACCUAGCUUAACUAUGCCCAACAUACUACUCUAUGGUUGUAAGGGCGUAUUAUUUUCUCCACAUGGAGAAUAUUGGAGGCAGAUGAAGAGUGUUAUGGUACACAAGCUUUUAAGUAAUACACGAGUUAAGUCAUACCAAAAAGUGAGAGAAAGCGAGAUAGAUCAUAUGAUUCGGGUGCUUGGUGAAAGUUGCGGAACUACGAUUGAUAUGGGGUCGAUAUUUGUUACACUAACAAAUAAUAUAAUUUGUAGGGUUGCCCUAGGAAGGAAAUUUGAUGGAUCAAAGCAGAUAGAUUUAGUUAAAACGCUUAUAUAUAUGCUUACAGUCUUUGAUGUUGGAAGUUACAUUCCAUGGUUAUCAUGGGUAGAUCAAGUCAUUGGUACUAAAGGAAGAGCAGAAAAAAUAGCAAAAGAAUUUGAUGAGUUUCUUGAAGCAGUUAUUAAAGAACAUUUAAACAAGAAAAGAAGCGAGGAUGCAGAAAGUGAAGAAGCAGGAGAAGACUUCGUUGACAUUUUACUAGAUCUCCAAGAAGAUAAAACAAAUGACUUUACCCUUCACAGAGUUUCCCUUAAAGCUCUCAUCUUGGAGGCAUUCGUAGCUGGAACUGAUACUAUAUAUUCAAGUCUAGAGUGGUCAAUGAGUGAGCUAAUAAGAAACCCAAGAGUUAUGAAAAAGCUCCAACAAGAAGUAACGGAAAUAGCACAAGGAAGAUCAGCGAUUUCUGAGGACGAUUUGGAAAAAAUGCCUUAUCUUAAAGCUGUCUUAAAAGAGUCUUUACGAUUGCAUCCUCCGGCCCCACUUCUUGCUCCUCGAGAAUCAGUGCAAGAUGUAAAACUAAUGGGCUAUGACAUUGCAGCUGGUACACAAGUGAUUGUCAAUGCUUGGGCAAUCGGAAGAGAUCAUUCCAUCUGGGAGGAAGCAAAUGAGUUCCAGCCUGAGAGGUUCUUGGACAACUCUAUUAAUUAUCAAUCGUUGCAGUUUGGAUGGCUUCCAUUCGGUGCUGGCCGAAGAUCAUGCCCGGGUAUGCAAUUCAGUGUACCUGUUUUGGAGCUUGCAUUAGCAAAUAUCAUUUACAAGUUUGAUAUAGGGUUACCUAGUGGAAUAAAAAACGAGGAUUUGGACAUGAGUGAAGCAUUUGGUAUUUUAAUGCACAGGAAGUCUUCUCUCUUGGUUAGGGUGACUCCUCGGUUCUAAUGGUUUCCCUUACUAUUUAAACUUUCACUCCUCGGUUCUAGUGGUUUCGCUUACUAUUUGAACUUGUGUUUUAUGUUAUCGACUCUAUAAUAAAACGUACGAUCAUAUAUAUUGGACUUUCAUUUGCCAUUGC